CUCCCUCCCGCCCGUUUCGGUAUCGCCUCCAGCGCUCGGCCGGUGAUCAUGUGCGCGUGAGGCGGGCGGGCGAGGACUCGGAGCCCGGACAGUGACCUCGAGCGCCCGGUGUGGAGAUUAACUCGAGCGGCCUUUAUCCCGGGCCCGGGCCGCUCCGGCCGGCAUCGCUUUUUUUAUCGGAGAUAUUUCGCCACAUCAGGACCCUUUUUUUUUUCUUCCCCCCCACACACACACACACACACACCUAUAUAUAUAUAAUAUAUAUAUAUAUUGAACUGUUUAUAUAUUCGAGUCAUGGCUUCGGCGUCUGGCAACGACGACGAUUUGACCAUCCCCAGGGCGGCCAUCAAUAAAAUGAUCAAAGAGACGCUGCCCAACGUGCGGGUGGCCAACGAAGCCCGGGAGCUGGUGGUGAACUGCUGCACCGAGUUCAUUCACCUCAUCUCCUCCGAGGCCAACGAGAUCUGUAACAAGUCGGAGAAGAAGACCAUCUCCCCAGAGCACGUCAUCCAAGCACUGGAGAGCCUUGGGUUUUGCUCCUAUAUCAGUGAAGUCAAGGAAGUUUUACAAGAAUGCAAAACAGUAGCACUGAAGAGGAGAAAAGCGAGUUCGCGUCUAGAAAACCUUGGCAUACCAGAGGAGGAACUAUUGCGUCAACAACAGGAAUUAUUUGCGAAAGCCAGACAACAGCAAGCAGAAUUGGCCCAACAGGAAUGGUUACAAAUGCAGCAAGCAGCCCAGCAAGCGCAGUUAGCAGCAUCAGCAACAACAAAUCCAGUCAACAAAGCAGGAUCAUCACAGGAUGAAGAUGAAGAGGAUGACAUGUAAACAUCACUGGCACAUUUACCUGUGCAUAAUAUUCUUUUACUGCACACUAACAAAUAACUGGACCUGUCUGCAGUCUCUGACUUAGUACACAACUUGGCAGGCUGGCUAUUGGUGUCAUUAGUCAAAUCACAACUGUCAUGUGGUUCUUUCAUGUGUAACAGCCAAUCAUUAUAUGUAAGCAAGUGCACAGGAUCAGAAGUUUUCAUAAAAUAACAAUUUAAUAUGUCUGAAACAAACGGGUGUUAAGGAUUAGGGGCAACAAAUCAGUGCAGUGCUAUAAGGCUCCUCAAUCUGUUUCUUGUGUGCUCCUGGAAAAUCAGUAUUGUUACUGCUCAUGAAUCUGAAGGUUAAUGCUUCAGUUUGCAUUGCCAGUUGCUUCUUGACUUGUUUCUGAAAGCAAACUUCUUAAGUGGCUUAUUUAAGGUUGCAAUUGAUUUUUUUUUAAAAGUAUGUAUGAAUUGUAACCAGGGGUCAAAAGAUCUGCAUCCAUAGUCCAGAUUUUCUUUUUUUUAAAAAAGAGUCUGAUUGGGAUAGUUGACCUUGUUUUAAAGAGAAACCUUAUUCGCUUUGAUAAAAUGCUCAACAGAUCUACAGUAGACUAUUUGCGUCUUAGAUUUUACAUUGUGUACUUUUUAAGGACCAUGGGGCUCUGGAUCGGUUAGUUUCAACUCUAGGAGGAUAAUGUAAGCUCUAUUUUCUGGACGUCGAGAUUAAAAACAACUUGUUUUUAUUAGCAGUUACAGUACCAAAGAGUGAAUUCAGCAGCGGGAAGCUUAGCAAAAACAUGAGGACACUCACAUGUAUAUUAAUUGCUCCUUAAAUGUUUUAACUGUUUUGUACUGUAAUGUUUCCUGUUCUUAAAGAAACCUAUAAAUGUUGACUUAUGUUUAGGGGUUGAGGACAAAUUUCACUUUGAUUUUUUGGGGACGAUUUCUGAUGCAGAGGAAGUGAUUAUUUUUUAAAUUGCAUUGUGAUGUUGAUUGUGCUGAGUGAUAUGUGACUUCCCAUGGUGCUUGUUCUCUUGCAUUUUUCACGUGCUGGUUUCUCUAGCAAUAAAAAGACAGGUUUUAUUAAAAAUACUAAAACUUGUACACCA